UUUUCCUUUGGAAAAACAAUACCCAGAAGCUAAAUUUUGUAAAUUUGCAAUCCAUUUUCUCUACUGAAUCUUCUACAGUCUUUCAGGAUUUGGAGAAUCAGAAAAGUUCUAUUUUAUUUGUCCUUUUUAUAAAAAGGUCAAUAAACAAAUUCCUUCAAAGAAAAGCAGCUCUCUCUCUCUUUCACACACACAGAGAGAGGACCGGAAGAAGGAAUCAUCAUCUUCUUGUGCGUGAUCAGCAUUUCAUUUUGGAAGCAGUAAGUGCCACGCCUUUUCUCAUGUGUGAUCGGUGAUCAUAGGCGUCAUGGGUAAAUCACAUCCAUAGCAUAGAAUCUCUAUUUUGUCUUCUUGUAUUUUAUACAAACAUGUGCCCUGCAUGCUCAUUGCUUCUUUUUUUUUUUGAAGCACCUUACUUCUAGUACUUGAUUUUGGUUUUUUUUUUUUUUUUUUUUUUCAUUCAAGGAAGUGAAAAGAAAGAGGGAAAAUUUUUGCUCUUACAGUAGUAUGAUGCUGAUGAUUGAAUUUUGAGAUUAUUGUUGAACCAGUUUUUGGUUUUUCCCCAAUUCUAUUAUAUAUAUAUAUUUUUUAAUUUGUUUGUAAAUUUAAGUCUCUGUGGUGUGGAUUUUUUCAUUUUUAUUUUUUGCUUUAGUGAUUUCUGCUUAGUUAAACCUUGAAGUUGUUAUUGGAAAAUCUUCCAUUUGUGCAGAAAAUGGGUCUUCCUGCAAUGAAUUUGUUUGGACUUGUUAUGGGUUUUCACUUUUUUUACAAAUACAUUUUUUAAUCGUGGACACUAGUUUUUUUUCUGCAGAAAUUAUUUCACUUGUUUACAGUUUUAUCUAAUCUGCUGUAAUCAAUGAAAUUUUUAUACUUUUUGAAUUGAACUUGUAGUUGGAUUGAGUAUAGAAGUUUUUUUCUCGGAUUCCAAAUAAAGCAUUAAAGAAAAAUUCAGAAUUUAUAUUAUUGAUGGAACAAGUUUAAAUAAUUCGUUGAGUUUCAUAACAGGAUCCUCAAAGCAUACUUGGUAGCCUGCCAUGUCUCCAGAUACAACCACUUUAAGUUACUGGUUGAACUGGAGGUUCUCCAUCUGUGCAUUAUUUAUCUCACUUGCUAUGAUAUUUGCUGCAAUUCUAAUAUGGAAGUAUGAAGGAUCAAGGAAAUCACAAUCUGAGAGGAGAGAAAAUCAGCAAGAAAGAGUGGGAGCUUUAUAUGAGGAUGAAGCUUGGAAGACAUGUCUAAGAGGACUUCAUCCUGCUUGGUUGCUUGGUUAUAGGAUUAUUUCUUUCAUUAUCAUGUUCUCACUUAUCACAGCAAAUUCCAUUGUUGACGGAGUUGGCAUUUUUUACUUCUACACUCAGUGGACUUUUACUUUGGUCACAAUAUAUUUUGCGCUUGGAUCUGCAAUUUCCAUUUAUGGGUGUUGCAAAUAUUGCAAUGGACACUACAACUACCAUACUUCUCAUGAGAAUAUAGAUUCAGAUCGAGGCAACUAUACAGCUCCCUCACCUGGGGAAACUGCAGAUAGAUGUGACUGGCCCAAAAGUCUAGAUGUGAAUGGAGAGCCUCAAGGUCGUGUAACUUCUGGUCCAUGGGGCUAUAUUUUUCAAAUUAUUUUUCAGAUUUCUGCAGGUGCUGUGGUGCUCACUGAUAUUGUGUUCUGGUUUAUUCUUUAUCCAUUUGUAUUGUCCAAAGCUUAUAAUCUCGAUUUUCUAAAUGCUUGCAUGCACUCGGUCAACGCCGUCUUACUCCUUGGGGACACAUUUUUGAAUUGUUUGAGGUUCCCCAGCUUUCGGAUUGCAUAUUUUAUUUUCUGGACCAGUAUAUUUGUCAUCUUUCAAUGGAUCAUCCAUGCUUGUGUUUCAAUGUGGUGGCCAUAUCCAUUUCUCGACUUGUCAUCCCCAUAUGCUCCCUUAUGGUACAUAGGAGUGGGGUUGAUGCAUAUACUUUGCUAUGGCAUAUUUGCUUUGAUAAUUAAGCUAAAAAAUUAUUGGUUGACGAGAUCAUAUCCUGAGUCUUAUCAGGGUUUUAGUUGAGAAAAGGAACUGCAAUUGGCUAACACCACACAGUUAUUCUUUAUGGGUUUUGUAAUUAUAAUCGUUGGUUGCUGAACGAAAUCAUUAUUUUUGAGAGAGGAGCAGCUGUGGAGUAAAGUUGAUCUUGAGUGGCUUACACAAGUUUUCUUAUGAAUUAUUGAAUAUAUGAUCUAUUUCCUCUUGUAAGUUCUUCCAGUGGGCUUUGGAAGUAUUUGCAGUCGAAUAUUGUUUCUAUCCUUGAAUGAUUUUAAUGUAGAAUUGUCAAGGCGAAUUCUACAUAUUUUAAACUCAUAUGAAUGUAAGUUUAUCAAUUAUUAAAUACAAUAUUUAUAUUUUACUUCA